GAGUACGUACUCCUAAGUUUGUCUCUUCGUUUUCUCUUGCUGGCCUCUCUCGUCUCUACCCCUCUCUAUCUCCGUGACCAUGACUCCGUCUCUCUGAUAAACCUCCCAAGCAAAGAAUAUAUGGUACCUGUUAUGGCCCAAAAUUCAUCCAUAGCUGCCUGAUUGGUACUCUUUUGAGGACUUCUUUCUGUGAUGGCUGGAGUUAGGCUUUCAAUGCUCAAAUCAGUUUAUAGUUCGGUUAAACCUAUUUCAAAGCUGCAGCCAUUUAACCCGUUUACGGAUUCUACAAGAUGCACUAAUCAAAGUCUUAUAAGAUCGUUAUAUGCUUUUGUAAAUCAAGAUUGCUCUAAAGAAGAAUCCAAACUCGCUCAGAAUUUUGCAAAUGCUCAUACUAAAAUUCCGAGUUAUGAUACUUCGGUUGUUAGCCAUUGUUUCAAAGCUAAUUCCAUAUUCUUAGGCACUUCAUCACCAAAUUCGUUAUUUGGGCGUACUGUUCCUCAUAUUUCAGCAAGCUCCAUGUUGAGCUAUCGAUCAUUUUCAUCUUCUGAUGGCAAAAUCAACAAGCCUGGGUCAGUUGAAGUGUCUGCUGCUUCUAGUGGGAAUAAUGAUGUUGGUAACGGUGGUGAUGUUGGAAUUGACUGGAUUGAGAAGGUUAGAGACUCUUGGCAAAGUGCAGUUGAUGCAGGGACUUCUACUGUGCAGAAGACUAAAGAAGUCUACGAUGAGAUGGUCCCUUAUAGCCAGCAGUUACUUGAUUCACACCCUUAUCUUAAAGAGGUGAUUGUUCCCGUUGGUUACACUUCUGUUGGUACCGUGUUGGCAUGGGUAGUAAUGCCUAGGCUUUUGAGGAUGUUUCACAAGUAUGCUAUGCAAACUCCUGCUUCUUUACUAUCUAAAAGUCUUUCUAGGGAGCCAGUUCCAUAUGAGAAAAGCUUUUGGGGUGCUUUAGAGGAUCCUGUGCGGUAUCUGAUCACCUUUAUGGCAUUUUUAAAAAUUGGCAUGAUGGUGGCACCAACUAUAGCUUCUCAGUACAUGGCACAGGGAUGGAGGGGCGCAAUUGUCCUUUCUUUUGUAUGGUUUCUGUAUCGGUGGAAGACAAAUGUGUUUAGCCGUGCAUUGGGUGCUCAAAGUCUAUCAUUGGUUGAUAAGGAAAGGAUGUUAACACUUGACAAAGUUUCUUCUAUUGGUCUUUUUGUUAUUGGGUUAAUGGCUUUAGCUGAGGCGAGUGGAGUGGCUGUGCAAUCUAUUUUAACUGUGGGUGGUAUAGGAGGAGUGGCCACUGCUUUUGCUGCUAGAGACGUCCUUGGGAAUGUGCUCAGUGGGUUAUCUAUGCAGUUUUCAAAACCCUUUUCACUUGGAGAUACAAUAAAAGCUGGAUCUAUAGAAGGACAGGUGGUGGAAAUGGGACUUACUACCACAAUGUUACUCAAUGUUGAGAAAUUUCCUGUCUUAGUUCCAAAUUCGUUGUUUUCUAGUCAGGUAAUUGUGAAUAAAUCUCGUGCACAGUGGCGCUCUAUGACCGUUAAACUUCCUGUGAAAAUUGAUGAUUUGGAAAAUAUACCUCAGAUAUCAAAUGAAAUAGCAAGCAUGCUAAAGUCGAACCCAAAAGUUUUCUUGGAAAAGGAGGCCCCAUACUGUUUCUUGUCUAGAGUAGAAAGCUCUUUUGCAGAAUUGACUAUUGGAUGCAAUCUUAGACACAUGAGCAAAAAUGAAUUGUACUCCGCCGAACAAGACAUUCUUUUGCAGUCAGUCCGGAUACUAAAGGAACAUGGUGCUAGAUUGGGUAGUACCUGGCAGGAUGUAACCACUCAGUGAUUUUGCAGAUAAAUGAGAUUUUUAUGCUGGACUUUGGACCCUUGCCUCUCAAUAUCGGCUACAACUUAUGGUGCUUUGGAAACAAUUGAAUUGAAAAUCAUUAUAAUGUAAAGGUCGAUUUGAGGCUAGCUCAAGUGAACAGAAGUUAGGUGGUUUAAUUCAUUUUCUGCCAAGAAACAGGGACCCGAGAGAAAAAAGAAGGGAAGAGAGAGAGAGAGAGAGAGAGACAAAGAGCAAGUUUUAUUGGUGAGCUGUAACCAUCAGUCUGCAUGAUUUUCCAAAUGCUCCGCGAGGAUUUUCAUUUUUCAUUUUCUUUUUUUGGGCUGCAAAAUGGGUUCUUCUGUUUUAGCUUUCGAUGGCAAAGCUCCUAUUCUUGGAACUGUUUUGUCCCAGUCAUUCAGAAUGUGUUAAUUAAACAAAUAGCUGUGACAAUGACAAAUGCAGUGUAAUUUGAAAGGAUAUAAAUAUUAAAUUUAAUAA